GCGCCAUUGUCGACGACUUCUCACCACAACCCCCGUAAUUGCUUCAGGUGUCAAGACCAUACAAUUGUCAAGAUGGUCUCCGCAAAGAAGCACGUCCCCAUCAUCAAAAAGCACAAAAAGGCCUGGCACCGCCACCAGUCCGACACCUUCAAGUGUGUGCCGUCAGCAUGGAGGAAGCCAAAGGGUAUCGACAACCGAGUUCGCAGACGGUUCAAGGGCCAAAUGGUUAUGCCUUCGAUCGGCUUCGGCUCAAAUAAGAAGACCCGGCACAUGAUGCCUUCUGGCCACAAGGCCUUCCUCGUCCACAACCCCCGCGACGUCGAACUCCUCCUCAUGCACAACCGAACAUACGCCGCUGAGAUUGCAUCUGCUGUUUCAUCACGAAAGCGAAUUGAGAUCGUUGCAAAGGCAAAGGCACUGGGUGUCAAGGUUACCAACCCCAAGGCGAAGAUUACUACGGAGUCAUGAGCGCGGAGGUGACUAGGUGUUGUGGUUCCGUUCGUGGAUAUGAUUCAAUGAGAGGUGGCCACGAGCUUUUUCUUGCAAAACAGGUCUACAGCGGUGGAAGACGGGGUUAGAGAGCGACCUUCCUAUGGCUGAGCACCCAUUCUGUGCACCAUCGCCAGGAGCGCCCGAUGGUAUGAGAACCAAACAAAAUCGAUACCAAUUAAGGACAUCAAAAUAUUCCGCCCCGACAUUUCGGCGUUUCUUUUUCCUGUUCAAGAGUCUGCCAGACGUUACUUCUCGAGAUUUCACGUUUCCUGGUCCGGUCCCUGCUUUUUGGGUCGGAGGGAAGGCUGGGAUUGAGAUUCUUCUAGCAUGGACUUCGCCCGUUCUCUUUCCCAGGGCCUCUACAUGAUAUGUGAGACUGUUUUUUUAUUGCGAAGGAUACAUUUGAGCAAUUCCUGUUUGACCACUUGUGCCAACGUACUGCACAGGAGGAACUGCAAAGUGCUCAUGGGGGCGUAGUGUAUUCUACUGCGUAUCGAUCGUACUUAAGUUGCUGUUCUCGACCGGAAGACGAUAGAUAUCAAGUCAG